CCUGCGGCGCCGGGCGCAGUCUCGCGAGAGUUGGGGUCGCCCCGCCCGGGCAAGCUCCCCCCGGCCCCCCGCUCCCCUCCCCGCAGAGCUAAUAUGGUCGCCAGCGAUGGACCCUGUCAGGCCAGGAAGCCCUUACCAGCCCCUAAUUGAAGCAUUAGGAAACUAUCCGCAAAAGAAGUUCUACAAUGUCUCGAAGCUUGGAGGCACCAAGUAUGAUACUCUGCCUUAUUCCAUACGAGUGUUGUUUGAAUCCAGUAUCCGCAACUGUGAUGGCUUCUUAGUGAAAGAAACAGAUGCUAUGAACAUCUUAGAGUGGAAAACAAAGCAGAAUAAUGUUGAAGUGCCCUUCUGUCCUGCCAGAGUUGUUCUUCAAGACUUUACUGGAAUUCCAGCAAUGGUGGAUUUUGCUGCCAUGAGGGAAGCUGUGAGAAGCGCUGGAGGAGAUCCUGUGAAAGUCAAUCCUGCCUGCCCAACUGAUCUCACUGUUGACCAUUCUCUGCAGAUUGAUUUCAGCAAAUGUGCAAUACAGAAUGCUCCAAAUCCUGGAGGUGGUGAUUCACAGAAGCCGAUGGCAAAGCUUUCUCCGCUUAAGGCACAGCCUCGGAAGCUACCGUGCAGGGGUCAGACUGGCUGCAAGGGGCCGUGUAGCGCUGGAGAUUCAAGUCGCAACUCAGGACAGUUCUCUGCGCAGAUUGAGAACACACCUAUCCUCUGUCCUUUCCACCUUCAGCCGGUGCCUGAGCCUGAGACAGUACUGAAAAAUCAAGAAAUGGAAUUUGGCAGAAAUAGAGAGAGGCUUCAGUUUUUUAAGUGGAGUUCAAAGGUUUUCAAGAAUAUUUCCAUAAUUCCACCUGAGACUGGAAUGGCGCACCAAGUUAACUUGGAAUAUUUGUCAAGAGUUGUUUUUGAAGUUAAAGAUUUCCUAUAUCCAGAUAGCGUGGUUGGCACAGAUUCUCAUACAACCAUGGUAAAUGGCUUGGGUAUCUUGGGCUGGGGUGUCGGGGGGAUUGAAACAGAAGCAGUGAUGCUGGGGAUGCCGGUUACUCUUACUUUGCCUGAGGUCGUUGGGUGUGAGCUGACAGGCACAGCCAGCCCGCUUGCCACAUCCAUAGAUAUUGUUCUCAGCAUUACAAAGCAUCUUAGGCAAGCUGAUGUCGCUGGAAAAUUUGUUGAGUUCUUUGGGAGUGGCGUUUCACAGCUGUCUGUAGCAGACCGAACCACAAUAGCAAAUAUGUGUCCCGAAUACGGUGCUGUUCUGAGCUUUUUCCCUGUUGAUAAUGUGACACUGAAGCACUUAAAGCAUACAGGUUUUGACAAGGCCAAGCUUGAGGUCAUGGAAGCAUAUCUUAAAGCUGUGAAGUUAUAUAGAAAUGAUGAGAGUUCUUCCAGAGAACCUGAGUAUUCCCAGGUAGUGCAAAUUAGUUUAAGUUCUAUAAUUCCAUAUGUCAGUGGCCCCAAGAGGUCCCAAGAUAGAGUGGCUGUUAAUAACAUGAAGAGUGACUUCCAAGCCUGCUUAAAUGAAAAGUCUGGUGUUAAAGGGUUUCAGAUUGCGGCUGAGAAACAGAAUGACAUUGUACCUGUCCAGUAUGAAGGAAAUGAAUACAAGCUAUCUCACGGCUGCGUUGUCAUUGCUGCGGUGAUCAGCUGUACGAAUAACUGUAACCCAUCUGUCAUGCUUGCUGCAGGACUCCUGGCCAAAAAAGCUGUUGAAGCUGGCCUCGUGGUUAAGCCCUACAUAAGAACAAGUCUAUCGCCUGGCAGCGGCAUGGUAACACAUUACCUCAGCUCAAGUGGAGUAUUGCCAUACCUCAGUAAGCUCGGGUUUGAGGUUGUCGGUUAUGGGUGUUCAACCUGUGUUGGAAACACUGCUCCCCUGCCAGAUGCCAUCAGGAAUGCGAUAAAACAGGGGGAUAUAAUUGCCUGUGGAGUGUUGUCUGGAACAAAGAACUUUGAAGGACGCCUCUGUGACUGUGUCCGUGCCAACUACCUUGCUUCUCCACCACUAGUAGUUGCUUAUGCUAUUGCAGGCACUGUUAGAAUAGACUUUGAAACUGAGCCUUUGGGCACUGGUUUUAAUGGCAAAAGUAUUUACUUAAGAGAUAUUUGGCCCACCCGAAGAGAGCUUCACACAGUGGAGGAAGAGUGUGUGAUAUCAUCCAUGUUUAAAGAAUUGAAAGAAAAAAUGGAGAAAGGAAACAAACGAUGGAAUUUACUGGAAGCGCCUGAGUCAACUUUAUUUCCCUGGGAUUUAAAAUCUACCUAUAUCAGAUGUCCUUCCUUCUUCGAUAAACUUGCCAAAGAACCAGUUUCACCGCAACCGAUUGAAAACGCCCACGUCUUGCUCUAUUUGGGAGAUUCUGUAACUACAGACCACAUAUCCCCCGCUGGAAGCAUUGCAAGGAGUAGUGCCGCCGCCAAGUAUCUGACCAACAAGGGACUGACACCUCGUGAAUUCAACUCUUACGGAGCUCGAAGAGGUAAUGAUGCUGUGAUGACAAGAGGUACCUUUGCAAAUAUCAAGCUUCUGAAUAAGUUCAUAGGAAAGCCAGCUCCAAAAACGAUUCACUUCCCAUCAGGACAAACGCUAGAUGUGUUUGAAGCAGCAGAGUUGUACCAGAAGGAAGGCAUCCCUGUAAUUAUUCUAGCAGGAAAGAAGUAUGGACUGGGUAGCUCAAGAGACUGGGCUGCAAAAGGGCCUUUUUUACUGGGUGUUAAAGCUGUCCUAGCUGAAAGCUACGAGAAGGUUCAUAGAAGUCAGUUGAUUGGUAUCGGCAUAGCUCCACUUCAGUUUCUUCCUGGGGAAAAUCCGAGUACAUUGGGUCUCACUGGCAGAGAGCAGUUUUCUAUAUUGUUCCCUCCAGAGCUGUCACCCGGAAUGACUUUGGAUAUCAAGACGAGCACUGGAAAAGUAUUCAGCGUGAUUGCCUUGCUUGAAAACAAUAUGGAGAUAACUUUAUACAAAUAUGGUGGAAGUCUAAACUUUGUGGCUCGAAGAUUCUUACAAUAGCUACUGACUAUAUGGGUACCUUGCGUAACUGGUAAUUCUGAAAAUGCCUUGUGUGAACCCAGGAAUCUGUACUGUGGAACUGCAAACAGUCCUAGUGUGCUCAAAGUUACUUCGUCCAUGGAUGUAAAAGAUUGUGAAUCAUUGUAACUGCGACAAGAUCCUUCCUGAUUUUAAAUAAUAUUCUAAUGGUGCUAUUAAACAUUGCUAAAAUCAACGUGUAAUGUGGCAGAGAGCUGUAAGUAUGGAGGGGAUGUUUUAUCAGACCAUUUUGUAAAUAAACUAUGCGAAAUCUGAAACUGAUUGUGCUGAAGAUUAUUAUGUAAGAAGAUUUUCUGCAGUUGUUUCCACUCAGUUUUUGCACCUGUAAAUCUGUGUACUGCUGUUUGUUGGUUGAAGGGUAGCAGAUGGUAUGGAAUGUUAAAGGCCAAACAGAUUUUGAUUUCUUUUGUUUGUUUGUUUUAACCCAGAGCUUAAAAAAGAUAAUCAGUUUUAACUUUCUUGCUUUUUAGGUUGUGGACUGAACAAAAAGCAGUCUACAUAAGGCCCAUGGUAUCCUGGAUCACAGAUCAUGACUUUCGUACCUUUAUUAUGGCAUUAUAUUUCAUCUGGAUCCAGAUUUAAAACUGGUCACACUUUGAAACACUGUGUGCUUAGCAGUAUGGAAUACAUCUCUGAAUUUAAAAAAUAUAUAAAUGCUCAGUUAUUUUGUUCGUGCAGGUUUAAGCAUAGCAGCCCAGCUAUUCGGCAAGCUCCUGCCAAGCAGCGGCCUUUGAUUCAAGCUUAUCAUAUCUGCUUCACGGGAGGCAGUUUGUCGUUUAUGACAUCAGUUUUUACUGUGCUGUCAGCGAUAUCAUUAGACAAAGUACCUCCCCUUAGUAUUCUAACCCUUAAAAAUCUUUUGAAAAGCAUUUAUUAGGACUGUUUAAAUUCCUGUGCUUCAGAUAAUGACUGAUGCCUAAUAAGUUAUACCUGUCAGAUGUUACAUAGCUGAGGUAGCCGUGCCGCCGUGUCAUGCUGUCUAACUGCUGUUAGUUUGCAGCUCUCCCAAACAAGCAUCGCGUUCCCCUGCUGAAGAUCCCAGAACCCUGGACAGAUCUGCCUCUUACGCCAUUGCAACUUCCAUAAAUGCAAUUGUUGGCACUUCGGUAAAAACCCUGUUCCAUGUUUGAUACUCACAGAAGACGCACAGUUUCUGCGAAAGUGCUUGGUUUACCACUUCACUGAGCAUUGGUAGGUCUAAUCUGCGCAAGGGAGUCUUCGGCUUCAAGAUGCUGUUUCUGUGCUGUAUCUUGAAAAGCUUCAUAAAUACAGUUUAUGUAGAGAUUAACCUCUUCUGGAGAACAAAACUGCAAUAACUUGUCUAUAAACUGUCAAGAUUUUGCUUUAAGUUUUGCUCUUGGUAAACAUUGUCUUAACAUCAAAACUGUCAAGACUAUAUUAGCUUUACUACAUGUGCUUUCAGUUUAUAAUCAGACACUAAGCUGGUUGACUUCCAAGCUAACAGGUGCACCAUUCACAUCUUAAAGAAUGUUUCUGAUAUUCCUUUUAAAAAAAACAAAACCACAAAAA